AUGGUUUGUCAGAAUAAGUCCUCCACACGGAUCAACGAUGUGGUUCGGCCUGACUUGCUCUGCUCCCAGCCGGCUGCUUCUUCUCCGCUGCGGUUCGCAGCGCCGAAACCUGACCUCAGGGAUCUCUGCUUCGGGAGCGGCGUUGGACGGGGCUCUGUCCGCCUUCAGGUCCAUAUGUGGUGAUGAAGGAGUCUCACUGGGUGAAGCUGUCAGAGAACAACACGGCAGGGACGAGUCUGUGCACAGAUGUCGGCCUCCAGAUGUCGUGGUGUUUCCUCGCUGUGUGGAGGAGGUCAGCGCUUUGGCCAAGGUCUGCAACAAACACAACCUUCCCAUCAUCCCCUUUGGUACUGGGACGGGCUUGGAGGGAGGGGUUGGUGCUCUGAGGGGUGGGGUUUGCUUCAGUCUAAGGAACAUAGACCAGAUCCUGGACCUCCACCCAGAGGACUUUGAUGUGACUGUAGAACCUGCUGUGACUCGGAAGACUCUCAAUGCUUACCUGCGAGAUACGGGUCUCUGGUUUCCUGUUGACCCCGGAGCGGACGCUUCUCUGUGCGGCAUGGCUGCCACCAGCGCCUCCGGCACAAACGCGGUGCGUUAUGGGACCAUGAGGGAAAACGUCAUCAACCUGGAGGUGGUUUUGGCAGACGGGACCGUCGUGCACACAGCCGGGAAAGGACGCCGUCCCAGGAAAACGUCUGCCGGGUACAACCUGACCAACCUGUUUGUGGGCUCCGAAGGCACGCUGGGCAUCAUCACCAAGACCACGCUACGUCUGUACGGCAUCCCAGAGGCCACGGUGUCGGCCGUCUGCUCCUUCUCCUCCGUGCAGGCUGCUGUGGACAGCACCGUGCAGAUCCUGCAGGCUGGAGUUCCCAUCGCUAGAAUUGAGUUUCUGGAUGAUGUGAUGGUGGACGCCUGUAACAGGUUCAGCUCCCUGUCUUAUCCGGUCAUGCCAACACUCUUCCUGGAGUUCCACGGAUCGGAGCGGAGUCUGGAAGAACAAGUCAACAUCACAGAGGAGAUCACUCAGAGCAACGAAGGCUCAGACUUUCAGUGGGCUCGGGACGCGGAGACGCGGAGCCGGCUGUGGAGAGCUCGCCACGACGCUUGGUACGCCGCACAGGCGCUCAGACCGGGCUGCAAGGCUUACUCCACAGAUGUGUGCGUGCCUCUGUCACGCCUGCCUCAGAUCAUCGUGGAGACCAAGGAGGACCUGAUGGAGAGCAGGCUGACAGGACCCAUUGCAGGUCAUGUGGGUGACGGAAACUUCCACUGUCUGAUGGUCGUGGACCCGAGUGACCCGGAUGAGCUGCACAGAGUCCAUUUGUUCACCGAGAGGCUGGCUCGACGAGCUCUGGCCAUGGACGGCACGUGCACCGGGGAGCACGGGGUGGGUUUGGGAAAGAGACGGCUUCUGUGUGAGGAGCUGGGACCUUCAGGCAUUCAGGCCAUGCAGAAGCUCAAGAAUGCCCUUGACCCAAAGAACCUGAUGAAUCCUGGGAAAAUUCUGCUGCAAGGAGAAAGCUGAGGAUUCAGAGCCGGAGAAUUAAGCUGAAUCAAGAAGGAACGUCACGUUAUUGUAGAUUAUUAUCUCAGUGAUGUUUGUUUUAUUAAUUCAUACAGAAUGUGGUUUUUACAUGUGUUUUGUGUGGUGAAAACCUAACAAAUUUAUUGUUUUUAUUUGUGUGACAAGUCACAUAAGUCUUUGGAAAUGAAGGAAACAUUGUUAAAAAUUGUGUUGCAAUAAAUUCUUUGUUUUGUUGAAAUGUGGUUUGUGACAGCAGACCAGGAUUUAAUCAUCUAAAGUUAGAGUAAAUUCAAAGUAUUGUGUGGUGGUUGAUGGAGUCGAGGCUUGAUGCUCUGUCAGGAUCCGGAUCUUUUUCCUGAAUGCAAAUCUAGUGGAAACAUCAAAUUGUUCCUCUGUUCAGUUUUGCAGAAAAAUCUGAAUUUCUGUGUUUUUCGAAAUCUCAACCCAAAAAUGAAAAAGAUUAGAUGGAUGAAUUUAUCUCUGAGCUAAUGAUGUUGCAAUAAUAAAGUUGUUUGAAAAAUUCCAA